UUCAGCCCAUCCUACAGCUGCUGCCACAGAGAUGGAGACUACAGCAUUGCGGGAAUAACUGAGACUGCAUGCCGAGUCCGUCCUUACAGGAGACAAAUUCAGUUGACGGACUUUUUCUUUCAAGGCGGACCAUUUAUCCUGACUAUAAUAAUGUGUAGAGGGAGCUCAGUCCUGCAGCUGUCACUGGGUUAAAACCUGUCAACCUUGCAGAGGGAGGUCGGUGUGGACAGCCAGAACUCCUCGGUACCGGCUGCUUCUGCAGCGCAAACCGGAUCUCACGUCCAACCUGGAGACAUUUUUGCUGCAUUCACGAUGAUCUGAGCGUGACUUCUGGGCGCUGAGUAGAGGCAUCCCUCCUCUCGCUCUCUUCCCCCCGCCUUUCUUUCUCUCCCGCCUCCCCUCUCCGGCUUCCUUUCUCUCUUUUCUUUUCGUGGGUUCAGCACAGUCUGCCCAGUCAGAUAGCCCCCUUUUUUCAGCGCUGGGGAAGCUGAUAGAGAUGGGACGACUCGGUUUCAGCACCACGGAGAGCGCCAGACUUCUGCUGCUCAGUGUGUGUGGUGUGCUGGUGCUGUCCGUGGUGCUGGCGGAGCAGGAGGGGGAGAACCUGUCUGGUCUCUCCAACAACCCGGACAAAGCCAUCUUCGCGGUCCGGGAGAAUGGCACGACAUGCCUGAUGGUGGAGUUCGCCGUGAAAUUCCUCGUGCCAUAUGACGUGCUCGCGCUCAACGGGAUAGACCUAAUCACCGAGCAGGCGUCAUUCACUCUGCCCCGUGGUGCAGAAAUCGAGGGGAAAUGUGGGACCACGGAGUCAGAGAUCCACAUAACCUGGAAGAACAACGCCUACACUCUCCGCAUCUACUUCUCCAAGGAGUUCCGUGACAAGGGCAUUGAGGUGUGGAAGAUUAGCAAGGUCCAGUUCGUCUACGACACCUCGGAGACAUCGCAUUUCAUCAACGCAUACAACCGUGACUGGAAACACACAGCCAGCACCCACCGCCUGUCGGCCCUGGUGACCCCCGCCGGGCGCUCCUAUGUGUGCACAGCACAGCAGACCCUCACCCUCAUCUCUAGUGACCACCAGAAAGGCAUCACUGUCUCCAUGUACGACAUCCAGAUCCAGCCCUUCGACAUCGCCUCUGACUUCAUGUUCAGUGAACCCUACAAGUGUAUCACCGACCAGCGGGAGCGCCUGGAGGAGACCCUCCCCCUCAUCCUGGGCCUCAUUUUGGGCCUCAUAAUCGUCAUCACAGUCACAGUCUACCACUUCCACCUGAAGCUGACAGCCAACCAGCCCCAGCUCCCCAGAGAUCGCUCCAUGUACAAGAACAUGUAGUCAGCAGCACAACGGCGACAGCUCCCUCAGCUCUCUCCAAAGCUAACCUGAUAAAAGACUUGUCUCCUCAAUGUCCCAGGCCCAACACCACGGAGGAAAAGUGCCCUGCCCUGGACUGAUUCCCUGACAGAGAAAUGUGUGUAGCCUGUACUGCAGGCCCAAUGGAGCUUUCACACGACUAAAACACAAGUUAAUGGGACAGCUUGGGGCCUUGCAUGGAUGUAGUUGGAGGGUCGACCCACCAGAAUCUUAAUGCCAUGAAUUCAUAUUCUGCAUUACAGUGAUAAGAAUUUUAAUGAAAAUAAAACAUUCAUUUCCACUCUGACGUUACAGUUACAGGUUACCUGUUAUUUUCAUGAUAUCACUGGGACCUAUUUUAUCACUUAAGCCAUUUUUAUCCAACUUGUCUUUGAGAGAAAUUUCAGAUAUUGCCUGAGCUUCUGCUGUCAUUUGCCAACAGUCUGUCAUCCUCUCCUCACCCUCUCUUUCUCUCUCUCUCUCUGAAACUGCUGCUAUAUAAUUUCGAUACCUAUUGUUGGUUCUGUAUUUGCUGACCUUAAUAUAUUUUUGUUCAAGAAUCCCCUUGGAUUUCAUUUUUGAAUGCUGCCAUAGUGUUGACAGUGGACAAGUCUUGUAGUGUGUGCAGUGCAGUGGCAUUCAGAGUCAUUAAGAGUUGCAAUGUUUUUGCUUUGAUUUCAACAAAUCUCUUCUCCACACUGAUGUAUGGAACAUAUCAAAGAAAAAAAAAAGAAAUACAUAAACAUCUGACAAAAAUUCUGUACUAAAUAGUGAAGAAUUUAUCAGAAUGCCAUAUGUGUGUUUAUGAAAGUACAGAGGUUAUUGAAUUAAAAAAAUAUGUGUGUAUAAUAUUUUCAGAAACAAAGUCUAUGCAUAAACCUCUGCCGAUGCAAUCUUGUGCAGUAUUCUUCUGUUCAUUGAAAUAAAUUGCUGGAAUCGUC